AUGAAACUUAGGGUUAAUCGGAUCUUAAAUGCUUCUGGACAUGCAGGUCCGACGAUCGGCAACCGUGCGUGUGUAAUUGGAUUGUUGUACACUGGUAUGGAGUGUGGGAUGGUUAAGGCUAGGGAUGUAGAUGAUAUUAUUAAUAGCGCGGUGGCUGGAUUAGCGACUACAACGCUUUAUAAGGAGGCGGUGGGGCCUAAGUCGGUGGUUGUUGCCGGAUCUAUUGGUGGAAUAGCGGUGGGUUUAGUCGUGACGAGGAAGCGGAUUUUGAAGAGAUACGUACCAAUCUGA